GUGUCCACGCAAAGCUUCCGUAGUGCGAAUCACAUGAACGGUUUGUUGUGGUCGUGACUGAAAACAUUUUGAAACAUGUAGCUGAAAAAGUGCAGUAUUAACGUGACUUUUCUCAUUUCUGGCGAAAUUAAAUUAUCUGUCCAACAAACCGAAGCGUUAUCCGCCGAAGCUUCCUCACAGUGAAAACGGCGAGAGGCUGUUUCUGUGUGACGCUGGGGACUUUUCAGAUAGAGAAGCUGUAACGUUAGCUAGCUACUUUUUUGUGCUUUGAGUUUUGGGUUCGUGUUCAGAGAAGCGUCUGUAUAAACUGGCUUUACUCUGUUUGACCGGCUGACGUCAUGCUCCGGUGGAUUCUCGGUGGUCGGGAAGCUCAGAGCUCAGCGGAGUUGUCACACAGUUGCUGCCAUCUUCCAUUCCUUCACAUCCCAAUCCCAUGGUAGACUGGGAUUUGGUGACUGGAGACCAUUUGAGCACAGGAGCUCACUGUCAUGUAAAAGAGACCAUCUUAAUGUGAUCUGAGCUUUGUGACACGGUGUGUUCUCCUGAUGGAAGCAGUCAUCGGAAGAUGUAUACACUGGGGUCAUGAAAGGAUGGACAUGGUCAGCAACAAUACUCUGAAAAGCCCUGUGCUGUGCAUUGGAGAGGAACAGCCCAAAAACUGCUUCACUGAGCUGCAGGUGCUGAAAGGACAUUUUGACAUUGUUCGAUUUCUGGUGCAGAUUGAUGACUUCAGAUGUGCCUCAGCAGGGGAUGAUGGCCUUGUUUUGGUGUGGAAUGUUGAGACUGGGGAGAGGCUGCAGGAGCUGAGGGGCCAUUCUCAGCAGAUAACAGCCAUAACCACCAUCACCUGCAAAAAUGAAGUCACACUGAACACCUCGCUUAUCACUGCCUCCUCAGACCGAAGCCUCAGUCUGUGGGACCCUGAUACAGGCAACAGGGUCCAGACCAUUUCAGAUCUUCAUUCUUCUGUAAAGUGUUUGCUGGUGCUCGAGCGACUGUGUGUGUGGCUGUCUGGUGGGGAAGAACUAUGCGUGUGGAACAGAGACUUUCAGCUGCAGUGUCAGCGACCCAACCACAGUGAUACUGGAAUCACAGCUUUGAUUGAACUGCCGAAGAACUACAUAGCAGCUGCCAUGGAUAAAAAAAUAAUGAUCUACAGCUUGACAGUUUCUGCUGAUUCCUCUGUGUCAGUGGCUGAGAUCCGCUGCCUGUCCGACCACCAGGAUCAGAUCCGAGCUCUUAUCAACGUCAAUGACGGGUUCUUCGCCAGCGGGUCCCAUAUGGGCGAGUUGAUCUUAUGGAAUGCGACUGAGUGGAACCUCCUGGCCUAUGAACACAUUCUCUGGGAGGAGUCCCAAGCCUACAAUCAGACUGAAAUACGAAUGGGGGCUCCUAAACCCAGCGAGAUGUCCAUUCAGCACCUGACCACAAAUGGAAAUCUCAUCCUUGCAGCUGUGGGCAGCGGCCUCUACGUCUACAGUAUUCAGACCAGAAGCGUGGUGGCCUACAGGAAGGUUGCCCACGACUCUAAUGUGUUACACACCAUGCUGCUGUCUGACAGUGAGCUGAUGUCCUGCUCUGAAGAUGGCAGUGUGAGGAUGUGGGAGAUCCAAGACUUGCCUUUGCCAGCUGAACCAGCUUCUUCAGGGUUCUUUGGGAUGUGGAGUUUCGGCCGUUCAAACAAACAGUCUGGGCCUCCUUCAAAGAAGGUUAUAGACAUUCCCAACAUUAGGAUGCUGGAGUUGACGGGAGAUCUGAUUGGACACUCAGGAGCAGUCCAGAUGUUUGUAAGCUUCAAGGAGAAAGGUUUGGUUACAUGCUCGGCGGACCACCUGCUCAUUCUGUGGAAGAACGGAGAAAGACAGUCUCGUCUCCGCAGCCUGGCCCUUUUCCAGAAAUUGGAGGAGAGGGGAGGACUUUGAUCUUUAUGUCACUGGCUUUAAAAAAAGUUGGAAAGUUGAUGCUUAAUGGUGUUCACAAAUGAUUUGGAUGUUAGUGUAAUGGUUGGUGUUUACAUUUAUUCACUUUGCCUUUGGACUGAAGAUGUGUAUUACCUUAAAUUCUACAAACUGUCUGUAAAUACCUCAUCUUCCAAACGUAACAGUACUUUUGUUUCCACACUGGAGUGUUUGAGCACUGUGAUGCUGACAUAAGUCAUUUUGUACCAAACACAGUCUGUUAUGGUUUUACAUUAGUACAGUCCAAUUCAAUUCCUGUCCAGGCUUUGCUGUAGAUCUACAUUUGUGCCUCUUCAUGUUGUGUAAGUCUGCUUCCAUGUGCCAAGAAGCACUGUUGUGAUCAUCUAGUAGUGCUUUGGGAGGAAGGUUCAGCAGCUUAUACAUGUAAUCAUUUGCACUGUUGUUGCUGUUUUUGUGUGUUUGUUUGGUUUUUUAAUGUAGUUUGACAAUAUGCUUCUUUGUGUUUUUGAGAGUUAUGAGAAUGACUGUGCUUUAGCAGUGGCAUCAUUCAAUAAUGCUUGUAUUUUUCAAAAAUAUUUUCCACACUAUACAUUAUCACUUUUUAAUUAUUGCCAUGAUUAUUCCAGUGUGUCUGGAAAGUAUUUGCAGAACUGGUUCCACAUGUUUUUCCUGUUACAGCCUUAUUCCAGAAUGGAUUAAAUUAAUUUUUACUUCAAAAUUCCACACAUAAUACCCCAUAAUGAGUGAAAAGUUGAAAUUCUUGUGAAUCUAUGGAAACUAAAAAAUGAAAAUAUAAGAUUUACAUAAGUAUUUAUGGCCUUUGCCAUGAUACUUAAAACCACGUUCAGGUGUAUCGUGUUUCCACGAUAUCUGUCAUCUGUCUGAUGUUUCUCUAACGUAAUUUGAAGUCCACCUGUGGUAAAUUCAGCUGAUUGGACAUAGCUGACAGUGCAUGUCACAGCACAAACCAAGCCAUGAAGUCCAAGGAAUUGUCUGUAGACCUCUGAAACUGGUAUCGAUGAACAGACUGGGGGAAAAAGAAACAUUUCUGCAGCAUUAAAGGUCACAGUGAGCUCAGUGGCCUCCAUCAACCAUGAGCGGAAGAUAUUUGGAACCACCAGAGCUAUUCCAAGAGUUGGCUGGCUGGCCAGUCUCAGCAAUAGUCAGGGAGUUGACCAACGACCCAAUGGUCACUGACAGGACUCCAGCGUUGCUCUAUGGAGAGAGGAGAACUUUCCAGAAGGACAAGCAUUUCUGCUGCACUCUACCCAUCAGGCCUGUAUGAUAGAGUGACCAGAUGGAAGUGACUGCUUAGUAAAAGGCACAUGAUAGUUCAGCUGGAGUUUGCCAAAAGGUACCUGAAGUGCUCUCAGAUGGGAGUCCUUCCUUUUUAUCAGAUGAGUACCAAAAUUCUCCGGUCUGAUGAAACAAAGAUCACAGUCUUUGGCCUGAAUGCCAAGCGUCAUGUCGGGAGCAUCAUGUCUUAGUUGCCCAACCAGAGUCCAGACCGGAACCCAAACAUCUCUGGAUGGAUCUGAAAAUAUCUGUGCACCAACACUCCCAUCCAACAUGAUGGAGCAUGAUGGUGCUGCAAAGAAGAAAAAAGAAUGACAGAAACUUCCCCCAAAAAGGUGUGCCAAACCUGUAGGGUCACACUCAGAAAUACUUGUGGGUGUAAUUCUGUCAAAGGCGCUUCAACAAAGAACUGAGCAAAGGCUGUGAA